GGCAGCACCUCGGGCGAGUCCAACCCCAAGCUGCUGUCAGGCUGUGGCAGUUCCGGAGCCUCCCGCCUGCAGCCCACGGAACCCCAGAGGCCUAGGCGAGAUCUGGCUUCUGGAGACUUCACCCAUCCUCAGGAGACACUGGCCAGAAAGAAGACAUGGCUACUGAACAGAGGGAAGCAAGGUCUCAGGUGUCAGUGACGUUCGAAGAUGUGGCUGUGCUCUUUACACGGGAUGAGUGGAGAAAGCUGGCUCCUCCUCAGAGAAACUUGUACCAAGAUGUGAUGCUGGAGAACUAUAGUAAUCUUGUCUCCUUGGGACUCCUAUUUCCCAAACCCAAAGUGAUCUCCCUGUUGCAGCAAGGAGAAGAUCCCUGGAAGGUAGAGAAAGAAAACCUUGGAGGCUCCUCUCUAGGAUGGAAGAACAGUUAUAAAACCACAAAGUCAACUCAAACACAAGGUCAUUCAUUUCAGGAACUGAUAAUGAAAAGAUCCAAAAGGAGUGGACCCUGGGACUUCAAAUCAGAAAAACCCUGCAGAUAUGAAGGCAGAUUAGAGAAAAAGCAGGAGAAAAAAGAAAGUGUACAGAUAGUUUCAGUCACUCACAAGAAAAUCCUCACUAUAGAGAGAAAACAUAAAAAUACUCAAUUUGGGCAAAACUUGAGCCCAAAGUCAGUCUUUUUUAGGCAACAGGUGAUCCCAAGAGAAAAAGCCCCACCGAAAUGUGAAAUACAAGGAAACAGCUUCAAACAAAAUUUCAGUUUAUUUAAUCAACAAAAAACCAACACAGCUGGGAAACGUUAUAAAUGUAGUAUGUGUGAGAAAACUUUCAUAAAUACUUCAUCCCUUCGUAAACAUGAGAAAAACCACAGUGGAGAGAAAUUAUUUAAAUGUAAAGACUGUUCAAAAGCCUUUAAUCAAAGUUCAGCACUUAUUCAACAUCAAAUAACUCAUACUGGAGAGAAACCCUAUAUAUGUAAAGAAUGUGGGAAAGCCUUCACUCUCAGUACAUCCCUUUAUAAACACUUAAGAACACAUACUGUGGAGAAAUCCUAUAGGUGUAAAGAAUGUGGUAAAUCCUUCAGCAGAAGGUCAGGCCUUUUUAUACAUCAAAAAAUCCAUGCUGGAGAAAACCCCUAUAAAUAUAAUCCAGGUAGGAAAGCAUCUAGUUGCAGUACAUCCCUUCCUGGAUGUCAGAGAAUUCAUUCCAGAAAAAAGUCCUACUUAUGUAAUGAAUGUGGUAAUACCUUUAAGUCUAGUUCAUCCCUUCGUUAUCAUCAGAGAAUUCACACAGGAGAGAAACCUUUUAAAUGUAGUGAGUGUGGGAGAGCCUUCAGUCAGAGUGCAUCUCUUAUUCAACAUGAAAGAAUUCACACUGGAGAAAAGCCUUACAGAUGUAAUGAAUGUGGAAAAGGCUUCACUUCUAUUUCACGACUUAAUAGACACCGAAUAAUUCAUACUGGUGAGAAGUUUUAUAAUUGUAAUGAAUGUGGUAAAGCCUUAAGUUCCCACUCAACACUUAUUAUUCAUGAAAGAAUUCAUACUGGAGAGAAACCAUGUAAAUGUAAAGUGUGUGGGAAAGCCUUCAGACAAAGUUCAGCUCUCAUUCAACAUCAGAGAAUGCACACUGGAGAAAGACCCUAUAAAUGCAACGAGUGUGGAAAAACAUUCAGAUGUAACUCAUCCCUUAGUAAUCAUCAGAGAAUUCACACUGGAGAGAAACCAUAUCGAUGUGAAGAAUGUGGGAUAUCUUUUGGCCAAAGUUCAGCUCUUAUUCAACAUCGGCGGAUUCAUACAGGAGAGAAACCCUUCAAAUGUAAUACAUGUGGGAAAACUUUUAGACAAAGCUCAUCACGUAUUGCCCAUCAGAGAAUUCAUACUGGAGAGAAACCCUAUGAGUGUAAUACAUGCGGGAAACUUUUCAAUCACAGGUCAUCUCUUACUAAUCAUUAUAAAAUUCAUAUUGAAGAGAACCCCUAGGAAGUAGAUUUGCAUGUUUCUGAAACCAAAGCUCACCAGAAUACAUGAGAGUGAUAUAAUAAAUGUAAUGGAUAUGAAAAACCUUUCUAUAGUUUAGUCCUCAUCAGAUAAUAAGUCCUAAGGACAAACCUAUGACAUGCAUAAUGAGGAAGCCUGUCAGACAGUUUGUAAUAACCUAAAAUGAAGAAUCCCUGACUGGAGACAUUGACUUUGGGCAUUUGUAAAAUAAUUGUUUUCUUUCUACAGCAGUGUAGUCUGUCUGUCAUAUGUAAUUGUUAUAAGCAUCUAGGUGAUGAGGGGAGGU